AUGCAGGAGAUUUGGAGAGCAGGGUUGGAUUGGGAUGACAACCUUCCAAGUGAUCUAGCAACUAAGUGGAAGAACUGGGCUACAGAACUUUCGCAGUUAUCGCAUGUCGCCCUACCACGCUGCUUACGCCUCGCAAACCCGAAUAAGAUGGAACUACACCUGUUCUCGGAUGCCUCUAAAGACGCCUACGCAUCAGUCGCUUAUUUAGUGUGCCAAUAUGAAGACGAUAGCCCUACAUCACGCCUUGUCGCAUCAAAGUGCCGUGUAGCCCCCACCAAAGCGAUGACGAUUCCAAGACUGGAGCUUAUGGGUGCCAUUCUCUCAAGCCGUUUAGCUCAAAGUCUUCUGAAAGUCCUGACUGUCGACCGAGUGAUCUUUUGGACUGACUCCGAGAAUGUGUGGUAUUGG